AUGCCCAAUCACACCAAGCGCCCCACCAACGCCCCACCAACGCCCCACAACACCCCACAACAUGCCCUGAAUCCCACCAACGCCCCACCAACAGUACAACCAACGCCCCACCAACGCCCCACCAACGCUCCACCAACAGUACCACCAACGCCCACCAACGCCCCACCAACGCCCCACCAACGCCAUACGCCCCACCAACACCCCACCAACCCCCACCAACGCCCCACCAACGCCCUGAACGCCCACCAACGCCCCACCAACACCCCACCAACGCCCCACCAACGCCCACCAACGCCCCACCAACACCCCACCAACGCCCCUGUUACCAACAAUCACCAACGCCCCACCAACGCCCCACCAACCCCCACCAACACCCCACCAACGCCCUGUUACCCCACCACAUACCAACGCCCCACCAACGCCCCACCAACGCCCCUGUUACCAACACCCCACCAACGCCCCACCAACGCCCCCACCAACGCCCCACCAACGCCCCACCCCACCAACGCCCCACCAACACCCCACCAACGCCCCCACCAACAGUACAACGCCCCCACACCCCCACCAACGCCCCACCAACGCCCCACCAACGCCCCACCAACACCCCACCAACGCCCCACCAACGCCCCACCAACACCCCACCAACACCCCACCAACAUGCCCCACCAACACCCCACCAACACCCCACCAACACCCCUGAACGCACCCCAACGCCCCACCAACAAUCACCAACACCGCCCUGAACGCCCCACCAACGCCCCACCAACGCCCCACCAACGCCCCACCAACGCCCCACCAACGCCCCACCAACGCCCCACCAACACGAUAAUGAUUGCGUGA